CCUACUCCCUCACUCCAGCCAGUUCUCCUAUCGUUUCAGCCGGUCUCAUCCGGCCUGGCCUGGGGCUUGCUGACGCUAGCAGACCCCCCCACCACCCCACACACACCCCUUCUUUCUCUCUCUCUCACUCUUUCCCACCACUGCAUGAAUAAUCCAGGCAAAGGUAGGAACUGCCGCUGCAGCAUUCAUAUGAUCGGAGCACAUUCACUUGCCUCCCUCUUGAACACGCAUGUGAGCAGCAGCAGAGGCAGGGCUGAGUGCCGUGUGUGUAUGUGAGAGCGAGACUGCAGAGGCAUUCCAGCUCUCCAUCUCUUCGUCUGAUACCCGCCGGAUUGCUCAGGCGGCUCCUCUUCCUCCAUCCCAGCCUUUCUGCCUAUACCUCGUUGGCAUGUUUUGCUUCUGCCUGCAGAGCUCUCUGUUGAAGCUCCAGGCUUUGGAGGAGGAUGCCAGCUCGCCGCCGGAUUCUUCUCCCGAUGAAAGCCCAACCGGCAUGGGUGGCAGGGACGACACACCACCCCCCUCACGCGGCAGCCUGCGGGAUGAGAACAACCCUCAAGAUCGUAGGCAGUCUGAAAGUGACUACAGCAGUGAACUCCAGCAGAACCCUGGUCCCAGUCGGCUCAUCUCUUACAUUACAGAUGGGAACAGCCCUUUACUCUCACCACGCUGCGCCAGCCUCAGCCUCAGCCAGCGCUUCAACACCGACCCUGAGAGUGCACCAUCACCUCCCUGCACACAGCAUCUCAUCCUGCCUCGUUGGAUGGUCAGACCGGAGACGUCUGAUGAUGAUAAAGACACACAAUCUAUUCCAUUACUCACUAAACACAUCCAGACGCUGAAGAGAAGGAUACGCAAGUUUGAAGAACGCUUCGAACAAGAGAUGAACUACAAGCCCUCCCAUAAUGACAAGACUGCUAAUCCAGAGAUAUUCCAGCUCAUGAGUGAAUUGGCCAAGUCUCGCAAGCAGCUCAAAGAUCUGAAGCUGAGGCAGUCAGUGGAGGAAUCACGAGGCCAAGAGAACGACCAGCCCACAGGCACCUGUAGAUACUCAAACGGCCAGCAUGAGGCGCCGGAGCAACAGCAGCAGCAGCACAAGCCCUCUCUGGAGGAGACGGUGGACAUGCUGCUAAAGCGACUGAGGGAGAAACGCCAGGCCCUUGGCCUCCCAGACAACAUGAAGGAGAUGACCCAGAGGCAGAUGGCACUGGAAAAACUCACACUGCAGAAAUGCCUGCUGUAUUUCGAAAGUCUACACGGACGCCCUGACACCAAGCAGGAAAGGAACCUUGUGAAGCCACUCUAUGACAGAUACCAGAUGGUCAAGCACCUGCUGUGUGCCACUCCCACCAUAACCACCAUCGAGGAAGAGGAAGGGUCUGAUGAAGAGUACGUGCAGCAAAGUCAGCCCCCGCGGCAAGCAACCCCAGAAUCAAUGGAGGAAGAUGAAGAAGGGGACAGCGACACAGCAUUUGUCUCUCCUCUGGAUGAGGUGAAAGCGGUUCGACAGCCUGUGCUCAACAUGUCCAACCUCCACGCUGCUUCAAGAUCUGAGCUGCUGCGGUUUCUGCGCGAGACCCGUGCAGAGAAGAAGAGGAGACGGAAAGCCAUCAGGGAGUUCGAGGAGCAGUUCUUCAGACAGAUGGGCAGGACUGCACAGAAGGAUGACCGGAUUCCAAUGACAGAAGAAUACCAAGAGUACAAAAGCCUGAAAGCCAAACUACGCUUGCUGGAGGUUCUGCUUAACAAACAGGAAACCACAUAGACUAUUCGUACAUACAUACAUGUGUAUAUAAAUGUAUGUAUAUGUGUAUGUAUAGUGCCCGCCACUAAUAUUGGCACCCUUGGUAAAUAUGAGCAAAGAAGACUGUGAAAAAUGGUCUUCAUUGUUGAAUCUUUUGAUCCUUUGUUCAAAGAACAAAACUUUCUUAAAUAUAGGUGUGCAGCAAUUAUUGGUAACCCAUGAAUUCAUAUGAGAAACAUAUAUUUGAAGUAUAUUUAAAACAAAUAUAUUUUAUAGUACACCUGGGUGACUAGGAACAGGAAAUUGUUCAACCAUGACUUCCUGUUUCACAGGGGUACAAAUAUUAGGUAACACAUAGGCCAAAUUCCCUUAGUCAUUCAUAACAAGGGGUAAGAGAGAGGAAUAUAGCUGUGAUGUGCGGCAAAAGGUUGUUGAGCUUCACAAAAUGUGAAGUGUCUAUAAGAAAAUAGCACAAACAUUGAAAAUGCCCAUUUCCACCAUCAGGGCAAUAAUUAAGAAGUUCCAGUCAACUGGAAAUGUUAUGAAUCGACCUGGAAUUGAAUGCGUGUCUAUAUCGUCUCAACGCACUGUGAAGAGGACGGUUCGAGUGGCCAAAAAAUCUCCAAGGAUCACAGCUAGUUGCGUCCGUCUUGGGGUCAGAAAGUCUCCAAAACUACAACAUGAAGUUACCUACAUCACCUCAAGUUGUUUGGAAGGGAUUCAAGAAAAGGGAGGUAGUAAAAUGUAUUGCCUAAAAGGGUGCCAAUAAUUGUUGCACACGUAUAUUUAACAAAGAUUUAUUUUUUUGGAUAAACCUGUGUUGUGUUUGCAAUUGUUUGAUAUCCAUGAGAGCAGAGUACUUUUUAUGAAGGUUUUUAAAAAAUGUCAAAAUAUUAAACAAUAAAGACAAUUUCUCAAAGCCUUUUUUGCUCAUAUCUACCAAGGGUGCCAAUAUUAGUGGAGGGCAAUGUGUGUGUGUGUGUAUAUAUAUAUAUAUAUAUAUAUAUAUAUAUAUAUAUAUAUAUAUAUAUAUAUAUAUAUAUAUAUAUAUUUCCUGGUUUGCCUUUCAGUACAGAUCUAGACAUUUGGACCAAACCAUGUUUUUACUUACAUAUUACAUGCUUGUGCCAUAAUAACACUACAAUGCACUUUAACUCUGAUUCUACGUUGAGCUGCCCGGACGUCCCAGACACAGGGUUUGAUCUAUCACUAAGAAGAAGAAGAAAAAAAAAAGCCUUACAUGGCUACUGCAUGACGUACAGUAACAUGUAAAUACAGGCCUCUGUUUUGUGCUUAUUCUUCAUUCCAAACUCAGCGGAGACUGACAAAUCAUGUGUGUCUUAAAGAGGAAAUGAAAUUACAAAAAAUUAUGAAAUAUGGCACUUUAUAUUGUUUUUUGAACAGAUGUUUUUUGUUUGUUUGUUUGUUAACCAAAGCCUGAAUCAAUAUGCAAUUUUCUUGGUUUCUUGUUCUGAGUUUUUUGUCAUUCUGAUGUAAUCUGAAACAAAAUGACAGUGUGCUCUCAGACGAUCGGACCAUGAUGCUCAGGGUUCAAGACGGGGACUUUGUCAUGAGCGAACGCCGAAUUUUUAUGCUAAAACCCAGAGCACUUAGAUUUAUAAUCAUAUGCAAACUCACCAGCUGCUGAAGCACACAAAUGCUUGUGUUAGUGGCAACUGAUAUACAGUGUGAACUAUCGUGACCUAUUGUGAAUGUGUCCCUCUAUUACACUUAGUUUUUUCACAAAAAUGAAAUGAACUGAAUGACUGUGACACAUUAAGAAGCCUCCUGAAGGACUGGCAGAAUGACAAUGACAAAGAUUUAUUUUAUUUUUUUUAAAGAUAUAUAAGAAACUGAUCUAUGCUCUACCAUGAAGCACAAUGGUCCUUUUUAAUGAAAGUCUGAAAGUGUAACACACUCAAAAGGAAAAGAAAAAGAAAAGAAAAAAGCCUUGAAUUUCUGUUCAACAAUCAAUACAGAUGUUACCAACCUUGUUUUGCCGUUUUAACCGCAACGACUUAUUCCAAUCAUGUUUUGUGUCUUGCAUGCCAGCCGACUUCGAAUUGUUGAGAUCUUCUACAAUCAAUUGUGGUUUGUUUGGUGUCAUGCUGUGUUUGCUGUGUUCCAGACUGAAAUUGACGUACACAGACACGAUGACUAUAUUUUGCUGUUUGAAUGAACGCUUUUAGUGCAUGUUAAUUUUGCAUUGGUUUUUGCAGUAGAUUUGUGCAAAUUUGAUUUCGAGAAACUCUUUCUGCGCUAGAGUGUGCCUCCAUUUCUGGUCACAAAGUCCUCGGUAUUGUGCACUUCUGGUUCCGUCCCGUUUUCUAAACACUGGUUGAAAAAUAAAUAUUUUUCUAUUUCUACUA